UAGGUCAGUCAGUUUCUGAGAGUUGCUCUCCAAGGGUGUUAGUUACACACUCAGGGAAAAAAAAAAAAACAGAAGCAGCCCGACAUGCAACGUUAACAGAUUAGUAAUACAUUAUCAGCUGGGGUUGUCACUGUAAAUUAAAAAAAUAAAUGACCACCUGUAGCUCUACCUUAAGAGAGGACAGUUGCCGGAGCUCCUCUUGUAGCCUGCGGGAAUAACUGCUUAGUAAUAUUCAAAAUAUACUGAAUUGUGGUUUUGUUAAAGUGAACGUGUAGGGGGAACCCGUACGUCUUCAACCUUACUUACUGCUACCAGCUCAUGCGUUGUGUGGAACAUACCCAACACUUUUUACGCACGGACACUUUUUAAGGAGGAUCUACGGUGUUGGGGACAGCCGCUUGUCGAGGGUUCUGUUCUGCGAUCCUGUCACGUUACUGAAGAUGCCAGGAUUUGAUUAUAAGUUUUUGGAAAAACCGAAACGGAGAUUUCUUUGUCCACUUUGCAAUAAGUCCAUGCGAGAUCCCGUGAAGGUGUCUACCUGCGGGCACCGGUUCUGUGAUACCUGCCUGCAGGAAUUCCUCAGUGAAGGGGUCUUUAAGUGUCCAGAAGAUCAGCUACCUCUUGACUAUGCAAAGAUUUAUCCUGACCCAGAACUGGAGACUCAGAUCCUUAGUUUUGUUAUUCGAUGUAUCCACAGUGAAGAGGGCUGUCGCUGGACAGGCUGCAUUAGGCAGCUCGAGAGCCACCUUUCAGCAUGUGCUUUCAAUGUCAUCUCUUGUCCUAAUCGGUGCUCAAUCAAGUUGAUCCGGAGAGACCUUCCAGAGCACCUUCAGCACGAUUGUCCUAAGCGAAGGGUCAAGUGUGAGUUUUGUGGAAAUGACUUCACUGGGGAAAGUUAUGAGAAUCAUCAAGGAAUCUGCCCUCAGGAAAGUGUGUAUUGUGAAAAUAAAUGUGGAGCUCGCAUGAUGCGUCGCCUUCUGUCACAGCACUGUCUCACAGACUGUCCCAAGCGUACUCAGCCAUGCAAGUACUGCAACAAGGAAUUUCUGUAUGAUACAAUCCAGAAUCACCAGUACCAGUGUCCUCGCUUUCCUGUACCAUGUCCCAACCAAUGUGGAAUGCCAAACAUAGCCAGAGAAGACUUGGCCAGUCAUCUAAAAGAGAACUGCAACACAGCAUUGGUCCUUUGCCCCUUUAAAGAUGCUGGCUGUAAACAUAGGUGUCCAAAGCUCGCAAUGACCAGACACUUGGAUGACAGUACCAAAGUCCAUUUAAGCUUGAUGUGCAGUCUUGUGAGCCGGCAGCGGCAGGAGAUUAUGGAUUUGCGUCGUGAGCUAGAAGACCUGUCAGUGAGUAAUGAUGGAAUUCUCAUCUGGAAGAUUUCUGACUACAGCCGCAAACUACAGGAAGCCAAACUCCGCAGCAACUAUGAGUUCUUUAGUCCACCAUUUUAUACACACAAGUAUGGUUACAGGCUGCAAGUAUCUGCCUUUCUAAAUGGUAAUGGCAGUGGGGAAGGAACUCACCUUUCGCUUUAUAUCCGUGUGUUGCCUGGUGAGUACGACAACCUUUUAGAGUGGCCAUUUUCAUACAAAGUUACUUUCUCACUCUUGGACCAAAGUGAUCCUUCCCUUUCUAAACCACAGCAUAUCACUGAGACAUUCAGUCCUGAUCCCAACUGGAAGAACUUCCAAAAGCCAGUUACCUCUCGCAACUCAAUGGAUGAAAGCACAUUAGGCUUUGGUUAUCCAAAGUUCAUUUCACAUGAAGAAAUCAAAAAGCGGAACUAUGUUAGAGACAAUGCCCUCUUCAUCAAGGCAUCUGUGGAUAUCCCAGAGAAAAUUAUUGUAUGAACUAUAAAUGUUGGUUAACUUACUGUGUAGCACAUAGUGGCUAACUUCAUUAGGCAAGAAAACCAAACAUCUCUUGCCCAUAACAUACUGAGUUUUCCCAUAUUAUAGGUUCUACAAAAUCAGAACAGAAGUAUCCAAACAAAGACAUAAUAAAUAAAUCCUCAUUUUAUAACCGAAAGGACAGUGAAGACAAUACAUUCAUGUUCCAUUCAUAUAAGCCCUGACAUGCUGUUAAAUGUGGUGGAUGACCAGCAUUUAAAAGUGCCAGGGGGGAAUAGCAGGACCUUUGCAACCCCCCCAACUAUGUACUAAAGCCAUUAAACCAAAGGGAGCAUGUCUAAAGAUAGUUGCUACUGUUAUCAGAGCAGGGGACUUGAGAGAGUGGUAUAGCCCGGCUGAGAAUGAGUGUGAAGUAGGACUGAAGGGUUAAAAAAAGUUGGCCUGAACUGAAGAUGCAAUAAUCUGCCUUUUAAGGAAGACUGUUACUGAAACAUUCUAUGUUUCCUCUCAAAUAAAAGGAGGGUAAUAUAUUUAAAAUAUGUGCCUGAUUAAUUGAAAGAACCAGUCCUUAUUUUGAAAACAGUGGCUUCUUCAGCAUUCCACCCAUUGUUAAUAGAGGAGACUACAUUUUCAGCUGUGAUUUUUUUACCUUUUUAAUACCGAGGCUGUGAACUGUAAGUUUUUGAAUGAACAUUUUUUUAAACAGAAACGACAUUAAUGGUCUCUAUUUUACAUGUAAUGACCAACUGUUAUCUAUCAGAGCAGAUGGAGUGCCACUUUAUAUAGUAUGUUAAAUGAGAUCACUGUCAGUGGCUUAUGCCUAUUAUUACAAUACCUUUGGCUCAUAAGCUUUCAAAAGGGGUACAAGGAGAUAUAAAAUGAAAAUUUGUAAUUGAUACCAUGUAUGUCUAGGGCCACAAGCUACACAACUGGAGUAACUAUAUACGAUAGCAUACCCAGAGCUAGUUGUCAUGUAAUUCUGAAUCAUAAUGUAAAGAUAAGUAUCUCCCAGUCUCCCAGAUUCCCAAACAGUUUGUACUUGGAGAAAAGCUGUGUUGAUUCAUAGCUAUUCCAUGACUGCUUAUGAAUCUGGAGUAGCACAAAUUGUUUUGAAGACUGGGUGUAAGUCGUUUUGGGACAGGCUGGAACAUGUGAGGGAUACUGUGAUUAGAAGAGAUUAAUAAAAACUAUCCAGUCAUUUUCUGCCUAAUAUUAGAAGUGAGACAGAUGCUCAUUGUAUUUGUGAAUGUUCAUGUUGUGUUCUUGUGGGUGAGGUGAACUGCAAGCAGUCCUAAUCCUCUCUGACUUGGUCAUGUGUUUGAAGUUGUAUCAUCCAGAAUUUUGGGAGCAUGUCUUAUUUAAUAUGUUUAAGAUAAUCUGGGCAGCUUUGGGAAACAAAACAGUGGUAUAUAUUAUUACAUUAUAUGCUAUUUUCACUGUGGAUUUCAGAUUACCUCUGGAGAACAAUAAAAGAGAAAAAUUAACUUGCUUGUUUUGGGAGCAGGUGGUGCAUUAGAAUGUUCUCCUCUUAAGUCAUGAUGUAAAUAAACCCUUUUGCCAAAAAAUGUUGUUAAUAAUUUAUAGAAACUAAUGUGUAAGAAUUAUUGCUGUGACAAAUGGACAGUAGAUCAGAUUUAUCACAUUCACAUUGAUUGAUAAAAAGAAUAAUUCUUCAGCAGAGGGAUCAAAGGGCUUCUAUAACUCAGGGCUGGCCACCAAAUGCCAGAAUAAAAACAAACUUUGGUUUCAUUAAAUGAUUUUUGGUGCUGCAGUAUCCAAGUGCUUUUUUAUCAAACAGGAUUUAAUGGUCAGAAUCAGCUGGCAAUCAGUGUUAUAUAUGUAUGUUUUUUGGGGGGUGCUAAUGUGGAAGUGCUAAGAAUGGAUGUUACUGACCAAUAUGUGCAUGUCUGUGUAUAUUCAUUUGGUAUAAUCCCUGCAUUUCUAUUGAAACAUUAAAGAAGAAAUGUAGGAAUGUUUGUAAGCAAAGGGCUAAAACCCCAAACCAGUCGUCAUUCUUGUGACAUUUGGAGGAGAGCACACUGUUGUUGCUGUUGUUUUGUAACUCCCAGUAGAAAAAUAUGUUUUGCAAAACUUUCACCCACUUUUUGAAAUGACUUUGAACAUUUUUAAGGUAAUCAUUUUUAUAUACAGUACACUCAGUGAAGUGUACAAUAUGCAUAAACACUGACCUUAAAAAUGAAUGGUGAAAAGUGAGAGCGAAGUGUAGAUAAGGACCACUGUGAUCCAAAAAAAAUGUUUUUAAUUUAUUUUGACAUUCUUCAGAAUGCUAAAGUCACCUAGAACACUAUAAGGCAUUGGCAUUGCAUUUAUUUGUCCUGCUGCAAAAAUAAUGUGAUGGGUUAGCCAUACUGAUAUGAUUUUUUUAGCUAAGCUUUUUUCCUUCCCACAAUGCAUUAUGUUAUAGAAAACGACAUUCUGUUGCCUAGCAAUGUCCUCCAGGAUGUUCUGUUUGAGAUAGAAUGGAAGUACUCAUAAAUACAGCUUACUUUCCAAUGUCUGGAUAAGUGUCAGUGACUUCCCCCAUGGUACUAUCUGGCUUGUGUUUUUUGUCAUGUUUAUAGUACAGUUCUGUAAGCCCUUUCUUCAGUUAUAAACAGUCGUUACGUUUUUUUUUUUUUUUUUUUUUGGGGGGGGGGUAAAAGUAGGUGCAUGUUAGUUGCAAUGGCUUUUUUCAUUCACUCCCUGUAUCAGCCAGUGGUUUCAUGUUUCUUGAGCUUCUGUCCUCAGACCCAGCCUGGCAUUGCACAGUAAAGUUGUUAAUUCCCAAAGAACACAAUCUCUGUAUAAUCUCAGUGGAAGGUGAAGAGAGUAACUGUGAAUAUUACUAUACAGUAAAUGAUCUGUGAAUUCCCAGAGACUAAGUAGGUUUAUAAGCGUAAUGGAAAGGGAAAGGAAAAGCUAGAAACACCUUGCUGUGUGGUCUUUCUUGGGCCUUAAAAACGUGUUGGCCAGUAUGAUGUAAGAACCAGAGAGAACAUUUCCAAGAGGAAGCAUUGUGAUAGUUCAUCAAGCACAGUAGGUCAUACACUGAGGAAGCUGAGUGACACAGACAUGCCACAGAAGAGGGGAAAAGCUAGGCAAUGCUUUUUUGUAUGUGGCAGUGGAGACACCAUCUUUCAGGGAGUAAGAUGCAUCGAGGAAAUAAAAACUUGUUUGAUUAUGAUUUCCUUUACAUUUCUGGUUCUUUACAGUUAGUGUCUGACUGAGAUGUUUUGUGAAAUGCAGUCCAAACACAGUAACAGCUUGUUGCUUAUACUAACUUUCCACCUUUCAGCAGUUUUGUAAAACAGUAAGUGAUAAACCAUGUGUGGAAAGCAGUGCUAUAUUAGAAGAAAUGACUGAUUAUGUUCUGCAUUCUUUUGGGAUGUUAGUAGUGUGAUUGAUAUCCAGUGUCAGUCCUCAAGCAGACAUCAGGUACUGCUGUCUGUCUAUGAGUACAGUAGCAGUCAGUGCAGGGGAUUAAGGCAGUGACCUGUUAACUAGCUGCUUCUUUAAGUCUGGGGUUUGCCUCCCUCAACCUCCAUUUACCUGUUGUGUUACUCUUUGCAAAUCAUUUAAUGAAUCAGUCCUCCUGGAAUACAUCUCUGAGGUUCAGUACUGCAUUACAUUUAACAAACAGACACAAACAAGUAUACAAGAAAGCAGUCUAUCAUGUUCAUUAAGGCACUUUGUGAUCAGGAUGCAUUUGGCCACCAUGCUCCGUCCUGAUGUGCAUUAGAACUGUUUAAUGAACAGUCCAUCAUCGGUCCUUACUGUUUACAUAAUAGUAAAGGUUCAGUAUCCUUACACUCCUGAAAAGUGUUAUGAAAGGAAACUAUUUUGAAGAAGAGCAUACCUCUCAACUGUACAUAUUUUCGCAGAAUGUCCAGACUUUUGCCUCAUAUUUUUGGUCUGUUUUUCAUAAAAGUAUGGUUUUCUGGCAAGUUAGUUGCAAAUCAUUCAAGAAUGAAGUUACAAAAUAAUGACAGACAUUUGAGUUUCAAGCUUAAUACUCCUCAGAAAAUUCAUGCUAAUGCAAAACCUGUUAUUCUGUCAACUUUCUAGGUUUGUAAGAGCAAUAUUUAAAAACUGCCCCUAUUGUCAGGCCUUUGUCCCACUUUUAUAUAUGGUUUUGUAAAAAUGUCUUGCUCUAAGAGGUUGAGAUGUAUGAAGAAGAGUGUCUUACACCAAUUUAAAGUUCUGUCAGAGGUCCAUAAAAUGUAUAAGUUUUUAACUCUCACUUUCUGUGUAUCUCUCCCUCUGUCUACAAAAUGUAUAUAUGUGUGUAUGUAUAUACGUAGAUAUUUAUUUGUAUCUGUUAUAUUUAUAGUCUUACUUAAUACUGUGUUUUCAAGUGUCCAGUAAAUCUGGCAGCGUAUCUCCAAUUUAUUUGUGCAGAUUGAUAGAAUCUUUCCCGUAGUAUUGUCAUAAAGUGUACAGAAAUACAGACUUUGAUAACAGAUAAGGACCACUUGUCCAACCUAGUCUGUCAGUUUCUUUAUAGACUGGUAAAUGUAUGGAUCCUGCUUUACCAGUAUUUUUUUCUUGCUUUUUCCCCAUUCUUUAUAGGAAUCAUGUUGUUUCUAUCCCAUUUGGUCUUACUAGCAUCUCUUCAAGAAGUCAUUUUUAAUUAUCCACCACCCUUUCCAUGAAAAAAAAAACACUUUUUUAAAACUGUGUGCCUGUUUGGGCUCUAUAGAUUCAUUUGAAGUAAUUGAAUGUUUCUGUCAUAUACCUCUGUCUUCUUCAAGAUUGUGCAUGAUAACCUUGUGUAGGCUCUUUUUUGAUGGCCUUUGAGAAAGUUGCAUCAUUUUUGUUGCUUUCAUCUGUACUGUCUCUAUCCCAGACAAAACUGGGCCUCAAAAACUGUGCACAGUACCAAAGACAGGGUCUUCUAGCUGUUUGUGUGUAAGCAUAGUAACUUAGUUUUUCAGUGGCAAUUCCUCUUCCUAUGCAUGCUAGCACUUUGCUGCCUUCUGUGCUGUUUUGUUUUGCUGAACACCUACAGAAUAAUCUGAGUACACUAACAUCAAUUUUUGCUUUUGUUACUGACAUUGUUCAUAAUUUCAAAUAUAGUUAUUUGCUGCAGAAAAUAGAUGGUCUGUAUUGAUCAUAUAUUUAGAUUAUUAUAGAUAUUCUAGAACAAACUGUAAUAGGACAUCUCUGGGCAAUUACUUAGUUGUAGAGGGUGAAGUCUGAAAAUACAUUCAAAAUGAUUUAACACUUACUCAGAUUAUCUGUUUCAGCCACUUAUUCUUUUUUAAUGUUAGGAUGAAGUAGUGUGGCUUUUGGAAGCCAUAUUCUGAUUGACUUCCUCAGUAAUGCAUCAAGUAGAAUAUUUUUAGCAUUUCUUAGAGUUUGUUAUCCCUUUCUGUAGUCUAUCAAGGCAGCACAAACUGCUGUAGGUGAGCUGUGGUUUAAUAAGUAGUGAUCCAGUUAAAGGUAAAACACAGACCCCAGUACACAUAGAAUUUGUGCAUAAUACACACACACACACACACACACACACACACACACACACACACACACACACACACACACACAAACAUAGCAAUAGUCACAAAUAUCUGAAGCUGGAUGUAAGAUGUGAAUAUUGUAUUACAAUGAAAGUUGACACGUGAUAACGGUAAUGUUUUCAAAAUGCUGUGAGAACAUAAUAGGGCUGGGCAGAUACACCCCUACAAAAGAAAAUGUAUGUUCUCUAAUUAGUGAGCUUAGUACUUUGUCUUACUUAAACCUCUCAGUUGCAGUUCAGUUAAAAACAUUUUUACUGUUGUUUUUCAUACUGUAGAUGCUCUCUGUAUUUAAACUAGGCAGCCUUAUUUUCCAGAAGACAUGCAAAUACUACAUGCUGUCUGUACCUCACUAGGAUAUGUUACUACAAUGAGUCUUCACUGGAUUCCCCAGUUUAUAUGCAUGCAAUUGCUUUUACAGUUUGCAUUAGUUACUCUAAAUGAAAAGUUUGUCAGGGUUUCAUUGCUACUGUUAGAGUGUGUGUAUAUACAUAUAUCAUUUGUGUUACUUAGUGUGUGAUGGUCAGAAACAUGACAAUUCCUUUCUGUUGCUUAGUGGUUUCCAUAAAGAUAGUGGUAAGUUUGUGUGUGGAGGUAUAUUUGCAUGCAUUUGUGUAUGUAUGAUCAUCAUCAGCCCCCCUUUUUCUACAUGGGGUUGAGGUGUUGUGUCAACUGUCAUCACCUUCCUCGAUUCAAUGCCACUCGCUUAUCUUCUUUGAGAGUCAUGCCUGACGGUCUCAAGUCUUCUUACACAAUCAUCCAUCUCUUUGCUGAAUGUCCUCAUUUCCUCUUGCCUUCUUCCUUUCUGUCUCAAAUCUUCUUCACCAAAUUAUCUUUUGCUUUCCUGCAGAUGUGCUCAAAUCACCAUAAUCUGUCCUCAUUGACCUUUUCUACAGUUGGAGCUACUUUAGCUUCUGCUCUUAUGUCAUCAUUCUUUAAUCUGUCCUGCGAUGUGUAUCCAAGCGUCCAUCUCAGGCACUUCAUCAGCUAUAACUUCUUUAACUGCUCUCCCUUCACUGCUCAGGUUUCAGUACCAAACAGAAGUACUGGUUCACACCACUGUUUUGUACACCUUACCUUUCACUGUCUUUGACAUUCCUCAGUCACACACUACCCCUGACAAUUUGGCCGCAGCUUCUGUUAUUCUAGCUUUGACCUCCUCAUUAACACUUCCAUUAUCCUCAACCACCAAGCCCUCUAAGAUACUUGAAGCUGUCAACCAGUUCCACCAUUUUUAUUUCUAUCUGAAUUUUGACUUGAUUUUCCCUAUUUGCUGCAAUGACAGCUGACUAGCCUGUACACAGUUUCUUCACACAUGCCUUCAGUUUUGUAUUCCUUUCCCCUAUCAUUUGAUGACAUUUCUGUUGUACGUAUGCCUGUAAUGCCGCAUCAUCUUCAUACAAUAGAAGAUUUGUUAAUCUGUCCCCUCCAACCUGUUUGCUAAUGUGAUCCAUCACUGGUAUGAACAGCAGUGGGCUCAGAACUGAACCCUGAUGAACCCCUCUGUGAUAGAUAUAACACACACGCAUACACACACACACACACACACACACACACACACACACACACACACACACACACACACGCAAUGUAUGCACAUGCAUGCAAUGUCAGUUUCUUGAAACUCCAUGGCAUGGUACAAACUGGUGAAAGCUGACAGCCAAGUACACAAAUUCUUGUGUUAACGUUUGGUUGUACAGUGGUCAAGAACUUGCAAUACAGUGUAAAACACUAAAAAAAAGUAUUUUUGCAGGAGAGUUCUCCCCCAACACACACCCACACUGAGAUAAUUGUACCAAAAAGAAAGUGAGGUUAUUAAAACUGAUAGGUCUUUAUCUGUAUUUUAAUGAUUGCUUUUUCUGUAGGAUCCUGUGAGUUCAGAGACUUUAGAAACCUCUAGAUUUCAAGGCCAAACAAAUUAUUCCUUUAUGAAGCAGACAACAACACACAACAUUUGCAGCCGCAAGAAGUCUGUGUGUGGAUGUGUGCGUGUGUGUGUGUGUGUGUGUGUGUGUGUGUGUGUGUGUGUGCGCGCUUAUAUGUGUUUGUAUGAGUGUAUGUUUUAUGUGUAUAAUCCUAGGUGUUUGUAGACUUCUUAUUAACUUAAAAAAUGAAUCCCUAAUCCAUAAAAGCCCUGUGAAACUGCAUAUAAUAUAUGUUUCGCAAGGUAGUUAAAAUCUUGGUUAUAUAUACUCCCAUACACUAGUCUUUAGAAGUGUAAAAAGAAGGCUCAAUUUUACAAUUCCCAUUUUAAGGCCUUGUUCCCCCAUGUUUUUUUGUUUUUCUGCUUACACUUAGCUUUAUCAUCUUUGUUCUGACUGUCAAGCAGAUGAUUCCCAGAUGUGGUUUGUGUUACUGUUAAACUAUGAAAGGAGUGAAAAUAAUUUUUCAUAGCAUGACAGCCUUUUAGGGCUUUCCACGCUGCAGUGUUGUUUUUUCUGUGUAAACCUAAGGGUUGCAAUGGACUGUAUGGAACUGAUACUUGACCAGUCAGUCCCUGAGAUUCUGCAUUAUGUAAAUGCCAUGUUUUUUGUUUGUUUGUUUUUUUAUGUACAUAUAAAUACUGCAAAAUAAGGAUGUUAAUCACCUACUAGGAGGCUAAAAGUGGGGAAAGAUGCACAUUCUUUUACAGACAAAUGCCUACUGCAGUUUGAUGGUGUCUCCUUACUCUGCACGAAGACCCUUACACAAGGAUACUUCAUGUUAGAAAUGCUUGCAUAUCUUGGAUCAGUCCUGACAACUGGUAGGGGCAACAGUAAGGAGAUGGAGAAACAUUUUAAGCACAUCUGGUAAAAGACUUUUAGUCCAUAUGCUAGUAAUUUAUAUCUAGUACAUGGUUUGCAAACUAGUUUGGAAGGACAGGAACAUUUGCAGAUCCAGUUUUGUAGUCUGCAGUUUGGAAAACAUUGCUUGUGUUUAUAAAAGGUAAUCAUUGUAUAAUAUGAGAGGUUUCUUCUGUAUCAGGAAGUUAAGGUAAUAAGCAUGCUAAGAAUGAUUGGAUUAAGAAGCUCUUGAAUAGUUUUGUUAAAUAAUUACUGAUUAUAUUUUGAUCCUUUGUCAAUUCCCUUUCUAAAUUAUUUAUUUAGCUCUGCUACAUGAAUGACAGAAUGCUAAACUUGUAAAGUAGAACUGAAGAGUGACUUGCUUGUUUAUUUUUUUUAAAUAAAGUGUUACUUGUUACA